AAUAUUCUUAUCAUGUAAGAAAUCCUCGUCAGAAUUUGAUGGGUGCAUGAAGCGAGCGUUUAAUAAACUGAGACCAUAUUUCAAAAGAGGAAUACCAUCAAUGGGAAUAGCCCCAUUCGACCCCCAUUUCGCGCCGGAAGUGAAACAGAUACGGUCUGUAGGAGGAAUGGGAUACACGCUUACAUUGAGAAACGUUUAUGAACGAGGCUGGACACAGUCCACUGUUACUAAAUAUAAAACUGAUUGGGAAAACCAAAGAAUAAUUUAUUCACAAUAUUUCCCUGAGAAGUGGUUAGAAGGAGAUUACGAAUUUAAGGGUGACGCAUUUGGUCUAGGCGUGCUUCGUAUGGGCCGUUGGAACUUGACCCUGCGAGAUUACUCACAGACCACAAGAAUCAAGCGCAACGGCGACGUGGUCGACGUGCAUGUGGAAAUCGAUCAUAUCGGCGAUAUGGACAUACAUAUCGGCAACUUGUUGCAAGGCAGAAGCAUUAUGGAAAACGUAUUGGAUCGCAUCAUUAACGUGUCUUGGAAGCCCGGCUUCGCGGUGAUCCGGCCGCUCAUCAACGACCUCGUCAGUACCGCCUUCACAGACAUCUGGAGCAAGUCCUUCCAACACUUCCCCGUGGAAGCCUUCAUCAGAGACUGACCUCACUAGCAUGACUAGACCAUUUAUGUGCCAGAAACCAAUAGCCAAUAAAUAAAAAUGCGGGUUCGCUUCCAGAAACUUCAUUGUAUAAUCCAAUUAUACGUCAUGCAAAAUAUUUUAGAUAGUGUUAACUAGUCAUAAAACCAUUAUUGUUAUAUUAUUUUUAAGGUAAAUAAAAGACAUAAAUAUUACAUAUCUCAA